ACUACUAAAAUGGCCUGUUUUUCAAACUUGGGUUUGACAUUGCUUCUCCUUGUGGUUGUAUUGGGAAGCAGCAGUGCUAAACUUUCAACCAAUUUUUACUCAAAAUCAUGCCCAAACUUGCUUUCAACUGUGAAAUCCACUGUCACCUCUGCCAUUAACAAAGAGCCCCGAAUGGGUGCUUCUCUGCUUCGAUUGUUCUUCCAUGACUGCUUUGUCAAUGGAUGUGAUGGAUCAUUGCUGCUUGACAACACGUCGUCCUUCACUGGAGAGAAAAACGCUAACCCGAAUCGUAACUCCGCUCGUGGAUUCGAUGUUGUCGACAACAUUAAGUCGGCUGUUGAGAAUGUUUGCUCCGGUGUAGUUUCUUGUGCGGAUAUCUUGGCCAUAGCUGCUAGAGACUCUGUUGAAAUUCUGGGAGGGCUCACAUGGAAUGUAAAACUUGGAAGAAGAGAUGCAAGAACUGCUAGCCAGUCCGCAGCUAAUAACGGCAUUCCUCCGCCGACUUCGAACUUGAACCAGCUCAUUUCCCGGUUUAACGCUCUCGGACUUUCCGCCAGGGACUUGGUUGCUUUAUCUGGUUUGUCCUCUCUUCUACAAUUACACAAAAUUCUUUUGCUAACAGUCUCGAGUGUGCAUGCAGGGUCACACACAAUUGGACAAGCAAGGUGCACAUCAUUCAGGGCUCGCAUAUACAACGAGAGCAACAUUGACUCUUCCUUUGCUCAAACAAGGCAAAGAAGCUGCCCGAGAGCAACAGGCUCAGGGGCCAACAAUUUGGCACCCCUUGAUAUCCAAACUCCAACAUCUUUCGACAACAAUUACUUCAAGAACCUUGUCAAUAAUAGAGGACUUCUCCACUCCGAUCAACAGUUGUUCAACGGCGGAUCCACGGAUUCGAUCGUUCGCGGUUACAGCAACAACCCGAGCUCCUUCAACUCUGAUUUCGCUUCCGCGAUGAUCAAGAUGGGAGACAUUAGUCCCCUCACGGGAUCACAAGGAGAGAUCAGGAAGAACUGCAGAAGGGUGAACUAAUACAUGGGGUUCUUGAUGUGCUUUUGCCUAUGAAAAAUAAAA